AUGUCCACAAAUCGGGUUGUUCUUAUAUCAGCUGCUCCAGACGAAGACGUGACUGUCCCUUCUGAUGCUCCUCAUGAGAAUGAUUGGUACAACGGACGAGACUUUGACGGUUACCGUGUCACCGAACAGAUUCUAUUCCAGCGACGCAAGUUACGAGUGAUAUGUGUUGGAGCUGGUGCCGCGGGGAUACAGUUUGCAUAUAAAGCAGAGAGAGCCCUCAAAGAUGUCGACCUCCAGAUAUACGACAAGAACGAAACAUUUGGUGGUACUUGGCUGGAAAAUCGCUAUCCCGGCUGCACUUGUGAUAUUCCUUCACACUCAUAUCAAUUCACGUGGGCCAAGAAUCCCAACUGGUCUCAUUUCUACUCGGGAUCGGAAGAAAUCUGGAAAUACAUGAGUGAUGUCGCCUUCAAAUAUGGCAUCGAUAAAUAUGUCAAGUUUAACACAAAGGUAGAAUCAGCUACAUGGGACGAAGAUGCGGGACUAUGGCGUCUACAGAUAGUUGGACAAGAUGGAUCGAAGUUCGAGGAUACUUGCAACAUCCUCGUCAAUGGAUCAGGAGUACUAAACUCCUUCAAAUGGCCCAAUAUCCCGGGGAUCGAAACCUUCAAAGGCAAACUGAUGCACAGUGCACGUUGGGAUUCCAAAUAUGACUUGAAAGGAAAGACCGUUGCUGUGAUUGGUGGCGGCUCUAGUGCAGUGCAAAUUGUACCUAAUAUACAACCAGUUGUCUCAAAAUUGUUUGCAUUUCUCCGCUCGCCGGUUUGGGUGACGACUGGGUUCGGAGCCAAGUAUGCCGGCCCAGGAGGGACGAAUUUCGCAUACUCCGAGGAGCAGAAGAAGGAGUGGCAGGAAAACCCAGCAAAGCAUGACCAGUAUAGUCGAGAUGUUGAGGGCGAACUGAAUAAGCGAUUUACUCUGAUGCAUCUCAAAGCAAAGGAUCAGAAGGCAUCCCGUGACCUUGUCGCGGAUAUCAUGGCAGAACAAUUGGGACACGAUGAAUCCCUCACUAACCACAUGAUCCCGUCCUUCGCCCUUGGAUGCCGGCGAAUGACACCUGGCUCUGGUUAUCUCAAAUCCUUGACAGCGGACAACGUUGAGGUAAUAAAACAGUCAGCUGCGCGCUUAACAGCAACUGGAAUCGUGGAUGAGUCAGGGGUCGAGCACCAAGUCGAUGUUGUUAUCUGUGCAACCGGAUUUGAUACCUCAUUUACACCCCAUUUUCAGGUUCAUGGGCGCAAUGGUAGGGAGAUCCAUGAGCAAUUUGGUGAAUUUCCGAUUGGUUACAUGGGGAUUGCUGCUGAAAAUUUCCCGAACCUUUUUCUCUUCAUUGGACCGAAUGGGCCAGCAUCACAUUCCAGUCUUCUACCAGUCUUGGAAUGGUAUACACGGUAUGUGUUCCAAGUGAUUGAGAAACUACAGACGGAUCGGAUCAAAGCGAUUGAACCGAAGAAGGAAGCCAUCAAGGAUCUAUAUAACCAUACACAUGAGCUUAUGAAAAGACUGGUCUGGUCAUCAGCUUGUAGGUCAUGGUUCAAGAAUGGCAAAACCCAUGGCCCGGUCACUGCAAUAUAUCCUGGAAGUCGCUUACAUUUCUUUGAGGUCAUGAAGAAUGUGAGAUGGGAAGAUUACAACAUUACAUAUUGUUCCGACAACAGAUAUGCGUUUAUGGGGAAUGGAUUUACUCAGACAGAGGUGGGCGAUGGUGAUCCAGUCUGGUACUUUGAUGAUCCGUUUGUACGGCUUUGA